GUCACUGAGCGAGUAGCACCGCGGCGGACGCAGGGCAUGGAGCCCCAGCCCGGCGCCUCCCGCCCCGCCGCCGACGAGGAGGAGGACGGCGGCGGCGGGUCCGGCGGGCAGCCGGAGGCGCUGUCGCUGGAGGAGAUCUUGCGGCUCUACAACCAGCCCAUCAACGAGGAGCAGGCGUGGGCCGUUUGUUACCAGUGCUGCGCCUCGCUGCGCGCCCGCGCUCGCCGCGGAGAGACCCCCGCCGGCAGGCCGGGGGCGGCGGCCGCGCACCUCCGCGUCUGGCGGGACGGCGCCGUCACCCUGGAGCAGGACGAGCCCGACCGGCCGCCCCCGCCCGCCGCAGGUAAAUCAGGCCAUUUACACUGCACAGAAAUGGAGGUUAUUGAAUCACUAGGGAUUAUUAUAUAUAAAGCCCUUGACUAUGGUUUGAAGGACAAUGAAGAGCGGGAAUUAAGUCCUCCACUGGAGCAGCUUAUUGACUACAUGACUAAUACUACAGAAACAGAUGGGAGUAGGGAUGAAGGAUAUGAUGCUCUGGAUGAAGGAGUGGAGGAUGACAAUGAGGACGACAAAGAGGAAGUUGAGGCCAUUCAUUCCUAUAAAGAUGUCAUGAAGCUGUGUGCUGCCCACCUGCCAACCCGAUCAGAGGCUCCGAACCACUAUCAAGCAGUAUGUCGGGCUCUGUUUGCUGAAACAAUGGAGCUGUACACUUUCUUGGCCAAAAUUAAAAGUGCAAAAGAGAACCUGAAGAAGAUUCAGGAAAUGGACAAAGAGGGAAGUGAUGAAUCCAGCACAGAUCUUGAUGACUUAAAAAAUGCUGACUGGGCUCGUUUUUGGGUGCAAGUGAUGCGAGAUUUACGGAAUGGUGUUAAACUUAAGAAAGUUCAAGAGCGUCAGUACAACCCACUCCCAAUAGAAUAUCAGCUCACACCCUAUGAGAUGCUGAUGGAUGAUAUUAGGUCCAAACGCUACACCUUAAGGAAAGUCAUGGUCAAUGGUGACAUCCCACCUCGAUUAAAAAAGAGUGCCCAUGAAAUAAUCCUGGAUUUCAUCCGAUCGCGACCUCCAUUAAAUCCUGCCUCGGCAAGGAAACUAAAACCAACCCCACCACGGCCACGCAGCCUUCAUGAAAGGAUACUGGAGGAAAUCAAGGCGGAGAGGAAGUUACGUCCAGUCUCACCUGAUGAGAUAAGGCGUAGCAGGCUGGCAAUCCGGCCACUUAGCAUGUCUUACAGUUUUGACUUGUCAGAUGUGCCAACGCCAGAGGCUGGAAGAAAAGUAGUGGAUGCCUCUGUAGUGAACGGUGGCCUGGCACCACAAGGAAAGCAGAAUGGGGCCACACAAGUAACAGUACAACGCAAGAGACUCCUUAAAGCUCCCACGUUGGCUGAACUUGACAGCUCAGACUCAGAGGAGGAAUCAGUGCACAAGUCAGGAAGUAGCAGCAGCAUCUCCCCCUCACAAGUGGAAGACCCCUCUCAAGAAGGCACCAGCAGCAGGAAGAUGCCUCCGAAGUUCUUGCCCAUAUCGUCUACACCACAGCCUGAGAGACGGCAGCCACCUCAGAGACGACACUCCAUUGAAAAGGAAACACCAACCAAUGUGAGACAGUUCCUACCCCCUUCAAAACAGAGCUCCAGGUCACUUGAGGAGUUCUGUUACCCAGUGGAAUGUCUGGCUCUGACAGUGGAGGAGGUCAUGCACAUCCGUCAGGUGCUGGUGAAGGCAGAGCUGGAAAAGUACCAGCAAUAUAAAGAUGUCUACACUGCUCUCAAGAAAGGAAAGCUCUGCUUUUGCUGUCGAACGAGAAGGUUUUCUUUCUUUACCUGGUCUUACACUUGUCAGUUCUGUAAGAGGCCUGUAUGCUCACAGUGUUGCAAAAAAAUGCGGUUGCCAUCAAAGCCAUACUCUACUCUCCCCAUCUUCUCGCUGGGACCUUCAACCUUGCAAAGAGGAGAAAGCUUUAUGAGGCCAGAGAAGCCCUCUACCAGUCACCACCAUUCACUGCGGAGCAGGUUGACCUCAAGGUCCAAGUCUGUGGAUAAGUCACAUGAAGAGUUUCCCAAAGAAUUAAUGGAGGACUGGAGCACAAUGGAGGUUUGCGUGGACUGCAAGAAGUUUAUUUCAGAAAUCAUCAAUUCAAGCCGGCGCAGCCUAUCUCUGGCCAACAAGCGAGCCAGAUUAAAAAGGAAAACGCAGUCCUUCUACAUGUCGUCCCCGGGAACCUCCGAAUACUGCCCCUCCGAAAGGACUAUCAAUGAGAUCUGAGCCGUGUGCCUUUUUCUUUGCUUUUGUCUUCAUGAGGUCAUCAUCCAUGGGCAAGGUCACUGAAAACGGAUUAUCAAUUCCCUUGCUUUGUUUCACUCAACUGGCUUGGAUUUGCAUUAGGUCACAGGAUUUCCUACUCCAGCGGUUCCCGGAGACACAGGACGCUAUGUUUAGAUCUGUGCAGAGUGAUGCAAUGGGUCAGCUGCUCUCACUGGAAGAAAAUCAAUAGUUUGAAAUUGUUGCCUCUUUUGUACGUGUGCGUCGAAACUAGAAAGCCUUUUCUUGCUUUCAAUCUUUUUUUAACCAUGCUUUGAAUCAUUUUUCAGGAGAUGAGAUGAAAACGUGUGUUUAGUGGGGAACCAAACCUAACCAAGUGUCGGUGUUAGCACAGUAGCAAACAGUAAGUCACACGGGUGCUACCACCCUCGUGCUCACGUCCUAUUUGAAACAGUGGAGGGUUGUAUCGCACACCAGACACUGAGUCUGAGCGGCUCUGGGUAAAACCAUCUUCCUUGGAACCGUUUCAGUUGCUCUGAGAUCAGGGUUCAGCACAGGGCUCUACAAUGUCUGUGUCCUGGGGCAAAGCAGACGACAAAGCUGUUCACCCGUAUGGUUGGCCAUACCCCCGAGCUGCUGUACUUUUUAAGCCUUAGUGUACUUCUAAGUGUCUCCUGAGCAGGUUUUAGUAGUUUACUUUCUAUCUUGAAUGUAUGAUAAUGACUACUAGUAGCAGUGAAUUUUAGUAGUAGAGAGAGUUGUACAGUUUAUGAGGAGGACGGGAAAUAAGGGAGGCUUCUAAUUUUAACUGCAUACCUGUAAAGUUGUUCUAGUGGUUACUCAGAGAAAACAGUGAGUAAGGUGUAAAUUUGUAUUAUAAUGGAGCACACAGAUACUGCUAUAGUUCUCUCUGACAGCAUAUCCACUAGUAACCCCAUUUUUUCUGGGGUUUAUGACUUGGCUGUAAAAAUUCAUGUUCUGCUGAAAUUUGGGACAGUGCUGUCUCAGAUUGGGAGCGACCUCUUUUUUCCUUUAAUCUUUUCUUUUUCAUUCUUUUCCCCUUUCUAAUUCACUCACAAAACAGUGCUAGACUAGUUGUUUAGAAGUUCCAACGAUGUUACAUCAACUGACAUCUUGUGCUUUUUUGUACUUUUUUUUAUAUUCAAAUUACUUUUUUUUUUUUUAAUUCAGGUAUAGCCAGGGUUUAGUCAAUAAUUUGGGGCCAGAGCUUUUUGGUAUUUAAAACAAGCUAACAUAGCCAAGUUAUUAAUACUUGAAAAUCAACUACUGUAACUUUUUCAUAAAUUUUUAAUACCCUGGGGCAUAUUUAAUAUCUAUAUAGCAGUGUAUUAUAGAAUGACAUAGCAGCAAAGCGUCAGAUCUAUUUAUUAACAUUUCUAUACUUCAGAUUAAUGAGAGAUACCUCAGAACUGCUCCAAAGUAGCUGGGACUAUAUUUCUAUAACAUGAUUUUAAAAAUGUAUUGAUCAAAACAGAUUCCCCUGUCCACAAAGCCCAAGAGGCAGACUGCCUCUCCAGCCCUGGCAAGGCACAGUGCUGAGGUUGGGAGGCAGCAGGGCUGGUCGGCUCCAGUGUGGUAGCUGGGCUGCCACCCCACUGCGGGAGCCUCCUGCUGCCCAGGGGAGCAAGGCUUCCCCUUCGGAGUCUCUGUGCAUGUCACAUUGCAGCCUUAGGAGCAGCCAGCCAUGUCAUCUCUUUUAAGCUGAUUUGAAAAGCACAUGCUCUGUAAACCUUCCCAGGGACUCUUCCAUGCCUAUUUUUCGUUAAACACCCCCUUGGAAAAUGAGAAUUUUUGCAUAUGCAGGACUUAUUGGAAUAGUUUCUAAUUUUUUCUGAACCAAUGCAAACAGGAAAAGCAGGGCUCAGUGCUAACUCUCCCUCAUAGCUGUCCCAUGUAAAGUCAGGUGUCAUGUCCCUCUCCUCGGGAUACCUCUGGAAAAAUGUCUUGCAUGUUAAAGCACCUAGAGUACUGGCAUGAGAUAAGUAUGUAGGAUUGCAGAAGGUGAGCAGCAGAGAUGGGCUGAUGGAAAGGUUCUGCUGUUGCUUGAAGGGUCUCCUGUCUUCAGUCACAUCAGCACUUUUUCUUGUUUCUGUGCCAAAACCAGGCAGUGUGUUGGCUGCACAGUGCAUCAGGGAAACUAGACUGAAAGAAAUGCAGGAAAUCUCACUUUGUAUCUACCCUGUUGUUGUUGUCAUAAUUUUCUCAUGGAAAUCCCCUGGCCACCGUCACUCAGACCUCUGCUCACAGUCCUCUUCUCUGCUGUCCUCAAGCCACUGAGGUGCAGAGUAUCCACCAUGUUUAUCUUCCUCUUUGAGAGGAAUUUAGGAUGUUGUAGAGCAGGCAAGAUGAAGGACUAAGUAAAUCCUGAGUGUGCAAAGGGAAAUGAGUCCUUCAUGCCCGUGCCCCCCUCCACCUUGGCAGUGUUCAGGGGUGGCUCUGGGGCAGCAGCAGAGCCUUGCAAUUGUGCCUUUCCGGGCUGCCCAGCAGUCCUUGGCUCAGGCUGGGCUCAGCUAUGCUGGGCAGGGCAUAGACACUGAACAACAACACAGUGGUUGUACAAACUGCUCCCUGUUGCUCACACAGUGCUGCCAUGCCUGGAUAACCUCCCUUUUUCCCUGGAAAAAACCCUCCAGGCUGCUGACACACUCUGUGGCAGACUCCAGAAAACAUGGUGUGGAGGGCUGCCUCUCCCCUUGCCUCCCAUCCCUUCCUCCCUGGCACAAUUGCCUGCAUUAUCCCGGCAUUUCGUUCCACAAAAGGAAAAGCAGCGGGUUGGUUUGUCACACAAAGCCUGAAAGAGCUCAGCUCGCUGGUUGCCUGGCUCUGCGGAGUGGGCUAUUUUUAGCUUUCCAUCUCGCUGCUUGCGCGAGCAUCCCAAAUCUACUGCAGCCAUUUGCCUGCACACCCCGCGGUCCUGCCCAGCAUGUCCUACUUAUGGUCUGAACUUCUCAGUAGCAUCAGAAGAUGAAACCAGAAGCUUGUAAAUAUCUGUAAUAUAUUUAUUAAUAUUUAGGAAGUCUCCAUCAAUCAUGCAGUGGGAAUUGACUUUCCUAUGUUGUUUUAAAAAAGGAAAUGAGUCUUAUUUAUAUGUGUGUUGGCUGUUAUCUUUUAUUAGUUGAUGCUUUCAGCCCCCUAAUGCAGUUUGCACUCAAGAGGCAUCCUAGAGUGAAUUACUGCUGAAAAGAAUGCAGAACUAGCACAGUGAGCUCCCUUCCAUGAAUUUUUAAAUUAUUUUCUUUUUUUUUAGCUUUAUUAGUAUGCCCAAGGUUUGUUUAAAUAUGUCAUAGGAGACCCAAGGAGCUAAAAAUGCCCCUGGCAGCAUCGGUCUUGUUUUGUAUGGGAACCUGGUUGUGGGGAAUGCAAAACCAGCUCUGCCUCACGGAGGCGAUGGAGGACGUGAGCAGGCCUUUGCUGCAGCUCUCAGACCUGAUCUUUCAAGUGUUCAUGGUGAAAGUAGUGUUUUGGGAGGUUGUUGUGUUUUUUUCUCUUUCCCCAUUACUUCCUUUAUACAUGGAGGAGUGUUACCUGGUGAAAAUAAAAUGCCUUUCCAUUAUAACCUUUGUCUGUGUUAAUUAUUCAUGUGGAAGCUGAUUUAAAGGUUCUGUCUCUCUCUUUUUCACGCUUUUAUAAUUUUGUAAGAUCAGUCAUGUUUCUUCUGGCAAAGAAUUGUUAAUGAAAAUGAUUGCAUAACAGCUGAACACUGGCUGGGCUGCAUGAAGGGAUGGAAACAUGUCAAGUACCCUUAGAAUAGCAAUAAAACUGCUUGUGUAACCCCAGUGAUGUGAUUUAGCUCCUAGUCAUCAUUUCCAGCCAAAUCCCUCUGUUACCAAUGUGCUGCUUCUUCCAACACUGGCAGGCUGUACCUGAGGCAGCGUGCUUGUCCUGCAUGUGGUACAGGCUUUGGGAGAUCUCCAUCCCUCCCUCCUCAUUGGGAGAGAAAUGGUGGCAGUCUUUUGGAGGAGUUUUUGAUGGAUUGGUUUUAGCUUUUAAACCAGAAGUGGAGACAUUUUUAUCACAACUAUUACAUUGUUCUCUCCCAAGCUCCCCUCUUUCCCCAGGCAAGUUCAGCAUCAAUCCCCUGGUUAGUUACUGGCUGCAUGCUCUAUAGGUUAAAACUAAUUUAGAAGCUCCAGCUUUAAGCUCCUGAUUGCUACCUUCAUGCUUUACCUCAUCUAGCAGCUCUGUACACCAUUUAGGAAUGUCUUUCUUACAAGCUCAGUCUCAUCUGUGAAACAGUGACAGCACACAGGCAUGAGGGAACGGUGCUGCAACUGGUGCUACAGCAUAUAGAUUAUGUUCAUGUUAUCAGAAAAUUUUAUACUAUCGCCAUGUUCAUAACUUGGAGCUGCUCUGGUUUAUUUCCUCUUUUGUAUGUGUGUACAUUAAGCCAAAUCUGAGAAUGUUUAUGAAUAAUGAUUCCAGCUAUAAAAACCUC